AUGACAGCGGAUGAUGAAGUUCGUAAUAUUCGUUGGACAUUGGAAAAAAUACAUCAAUUACUAUCUCGAGUAGAUAAUGAAUUUGAAAAUGCUCUACCGGAAUUAAAUCAUUUCUCGGUUAGAUUGGAACAAAUCAUCAAAGAUAUAACAAAUAAAUCAAAUGAUAUUCGUAAUACGAUUGUUAAAAUUGCUUCAAAUGUUAGUUAA